CUUAGAUCCCUUGCCUUUCUUAAAAGGAAAAAUUGAUUAAAAUUGUAUCAAAAAAAUCUGUGGAAUUUAAGGCAACAAUUGCUAGAAUAAUAAUUUGCGUUUUUGGAAAUAAGUGGCACAUUUCUGUUCAGAAAAAAUACGCCUGUCUUAAGUGAUCUGUUAUGGAAUUAUAAAACACAAGUAACAACAAUCAUCAGCAUGGUUAUUUCACCACAAAGCCCCAUUGAUGACGCUCAAAGUGUGCAAACCAAAAGAACCAACAUGGCUACUAAACAAUCUUCAGUAGCCGAUACUAGAGCUGAACUAGCUGAAUUGGUCAAACGGAAAGCUGAAGUAGCUGAAACUUUAGCGAACUUGGAACGUCAGAUUUAUGCAUUUGAGGGAUCAUAUCUGGAAGAUACUCAAUUGUAUGGAAAUAUAAUUAGAGGAUGGGAUAGAUACCUCACAACGAACAAAAGCACUAAUUCCAAAGCUGACAAACGUAACAGAAAGUUCAAAGAAGCAGAAAGAUUGUUUUCUAAAUCUAGUAUUACGUCUAUGGCUGCUGUUAGUGGACUUGUAGAUGCUGCUGAAGCUAAAAAUGAAAGAAAUAGUGAAACUGAAUCGCAAACUAAUGAAGACUCUUCAGACACACAGAUUAGUUCAAAUCUCAAUCUUGGAGGUCUUAACCAUACGACAAUUCAUGGUUCCACUGAAAGCAUUGCUUCUAAGCCAUCUGGGAAACAAAAUACUAAUGGAACAUUAGAUAAAACAUUAACUAGUGCUCAAACAAAACAAACAGCUACACAAAAAAUAGCUACUGCAUCUGGCAUGCUCCAGAAGGCAUUUAGUAGUGAAAGUAAAAUAUUAUCAGGAAUGGGACUUGAUAGUCGACCUGGCACACCAAAAGAAAAGGAAUCUAAUGUAAACAUUAUUAAUAAAGUUGAUUUAACACCAAACUCACUAAAACACAAAAUGUCUAGUAGCGGAAGCAGUAGUAGCGGCAGCAUCAAAAAGAACAACAAGAAAGCUAGGCACAGGUGAACAUUAUGCACUCUAUCAUGUUAAUGGCAGAUUUUAGUAGGUGCUAGUCUGAAGAUUUAUGCUGGGUGUAAGGAAACCAUUCCCAUACUGAAAUAUUAAUAUGAUACAAAUACAGUACAUACAUAAACAUAGUGCAGAUAUUUAAACUUAAUGCGAACAGUAUAUUGACUCUUCAAAAGCAAACGUGACUAAGCGACAAUAACUGCUUUAUACUUAAAUGAUAGGCAAUAACCAUAUUCAAUGCGCAAAAAAAAAAUUACUUCUAGGUCUAUUAUAAUCAUUUCAAUCAUACAGCUAGAUUUGUUAAAAUAUAUUUUUUUUCAGGUAUUUCAACUUUAAAUUAGUCUACUGUAAAGUUCAUGCAUUGUCGCUUAGUCACGUUUGCCUUUCAAGUGUUGAUAUAUUCUAAUUCUGCAUUAAAAAUUCGAAAAAAACAUAACUUUACCAUUUGUCCCAUAUAUCAUUAUUAAGUUAUAUAUUAUAAAUGAGUCGUCUAUUAUCAAAGGCGGCAAUCUGUACAUUUGGACAAAAUUUUUUUAUUGAUAUGUCAAUACAGAUUUAUUUGAAUAUAAUCGUCUCCUUCAAAGAAUACGGUUCAAAACCUGCAUUAAAUAAAGGUUAAUAGUUAACCUGUUAUUUAUCUAAGAUGUCGUUCCGAAGAGUUUUGUGACUGCCAAUGGAAUACAAAGUCAAUAAUUCGUUUUUCUGAUUUACCAAUCAUUGUCCAAAAGUCAGAUUGCCGCCUUUGAUAAUAGUCGACUCAAAUGUCAUUUAAUGUUACUAAGAGCAAUGUUGUAAAGUGUAAUUUAAUGUUUUUUGUAAUAGUUCUCAACACUCCUUGUAGCAAUGAAACAAUAUGUAUUCUUUUUAACUAAUGUUAUUGUAUAAAAAUAAAUAAUGAAUUGUUGAUUUACAUAAAAAUAUUGUGACCUAAUUGAUACCAUUAACUGUUCUUAAUAUCCUUUGUUUGAAUCUUGAUUCUGAAAUUAUGUUUUGUUUGUAUUAGUAAAAUUAUACCAAACAGGACAUGAUAAAUAGAUAUUAAAUGAGAAACUGAUACAUACGCUUUAAAAUAUUAGGUAAGUCCUUAAUUGGUCCACAAUAUUUCACCAUAAUAUAAUACAAAACUGGUAAGCAUGCAAUAAUUCCAGAACAACACAAAAAUAUUAUUUCUGGAGACUUUCUCAAUUUACAACAGUUUAGGCUUUUGCUCCAUAUUGAUCUAGUUGCAUUCAUCUGAAAUGAUAAGGUAAAUCAUUAUAUUUUUAGUUUAUUUUUUUGAAGUUGAGUCUUUAUAUGAGAAAUCUCAGUAUUCUCUAUCAAAUCUAAUAUUUUAUUGCAUAAAUGUGUUAGCAAGCUCGUAUUAUAACCAGUAACAAUAGAUAUCACAAUGUGCACGCUGGCACCUGGCAAAUGUGAGGCUUUUGUAUUGUGAUUGUAUGAUAUAAUUAUUGUCCUAUCCUUCCAAAACACAACACAUUACUGCUCCUUGCCAGAAACAGGCACGGUGCUUGUAGUAGGCACUGUAGGUUUUGCAUGUUCCCAAAAACUUUACCACUAUUUAUAUUUCUUAUUACUAUUACUCCAUCAUAAAAAAUGGAAAUUGGCCUUUGAUGUCAACUAUGGCAUAGUUUGUUGCAUUCAUGUGAGUAAAUUGGCUGACAAUAAUUGGUGUUCAUUAUGACUUAUAUUUUAUGUAAGAAAAAAUAUUAUGCAUUAUAGACAUCUAUUUGCAUUUGCAAGUAAAUUAAAAGAAUUACUUGAUUACUUCAUUGUUACAAUUAGUGUACUUACAGAAUCAAUAACAUCCAUGCAUAUAAUAUCCAGCCCUAUUCUGUCAAAACUAAGAGAUUCAUAAUAGUUAUUCAGCUGUAUGUAGCUCUGCAUACAGUUCUCACACACUUUUGUACUAUUCUCUUUGGGAUUUAUAUUGUCUUCAAUACAUUGCAUUGUUUCAUUAAAAAUUUGAUAAAAA